AGGUCAAAGCGAAACCUCUUGAAGACACGGAAGGCGCUAAUGCUUUCGCUGCUGCAGGCAUGCCUUCUGAGAAGGAGCUCCUUGCCCUGGUUGAGAGCACAAAAGGCAGCCGGAAAAAGCGGAAGGCUGGCCAGGAACUGCCGCCUGAGCUGCAAGACGCGGAGAUAAUCGGAGGGUCCUCAGAUGUGGAGUUGUCGGACUCCACUGAGGAUGAGGAUGAGGCACCUUCGAAGGCCAAGGGAAAGAAGCGCAAGGAGCGCAAGGUGGAGGAGGAAGAGCCGGAAGUCAAAGAGCCGAAGGCCAAAGCGGAGCCUGAGCGAUCAAGCGGCCGGAGGGACGGACAAAUCUUUUUGUCUCAGCUGCCCUUCUCCGUGGACGCAGAUGUUCUAAAGAAAGACUUCAGCAAGUUCGGCGAGAUCAGCCGCUUCUUCUUUCACCAAGAUGAAGAGGGCAAGCCUCGCGGGACGGCAUGCAUAUUCUACAAAGACCCGGACGUGCCAGACAAAGUUAUAUUGCUGGACGGCAUUGAGUACAAGGGCCGCAACAUCAAGGUGAAACGUCGGCAGCGGCGGCCAGGCGGGCGGCAGGCGCGAAAGGCGCGGGAGAAGUGGGAGAAGUGGGAGAAGUGGGAGACGCAGGAGGACACGGAGUGGCAAACGCCCCGUGCCAAGAAGGCUGAAGAGAGCUUCACAACAUGGGAAUUCCAGUACGCCAAAAACGAGCAGGACAACGCGCCACAUUACCGGGUCUCUGAAAAGGGUUCCACGGACAUCCUGAGCGCAUCAGAUGGGAUGCGGCGCGGCGUCCCAAACUUUGACAAGAUCAAUGAAGUGUGCGGGAGCCACACCAAGAAGUGCGCGGGCGCAACGUGGCGCCAUUAUCUUGAGAUGGUGGCGCAGCGCAGCGGGAGUCCAUCACGCCGGGUGAGGACCAUCCGCACUCUGGACCGCGGGGCGGUACUGCUGACACAUGGCGCUGAAAACUCAGGCGUUGUGCAUAUCCUGCGGAAGGGUGCCUUGGCGUAUUGCUUCCCGCCGGAGCGGAAGGAGGAGCCCGCGAAUCGUUGGCACCGCUGCGCGGUUGCCUCCAUGAACCCUUCGCAGGUGGUCACCACACUGGGUGAGCUAGUGGGGGCCUACCAUGCCCUUCUCGGCGAGAAGGAGCCUGCCACAGUGCGGGUGGAAAGCGCCAGCUGCGAGGUCUACCGCAUUCCUUGGGUCGAGCUGAAGCGGGUGCUGACCAAGCGUGUUUUGACUGAACUGCGGGAGAAGCUGCUGCGUUGCCACGAUCUGCGGUCUGGCAUCGCGGCGACCCACACGCCGAGGGACCUGCUGAAGGUGACGGCCAGCUCGAGCGUAAAAGGUGCGAUGCCAACCAGGGAGCAGCAGGCAGUGAAGGACGCUUUGUCGGAGGCUUUUGAUGCCGUUUGUGCUUACGCCGAGGGCUGCGGAGAAGGCCUCUCAGCGGCCACUGAGAAGGUGAAGCACAAGCAGAGUUCGUCUUUGCUGUCUGCGACCUCAACGGCUAGCCCAGAGGAGAGGAGAAAGGCCUUUGAGCAGUCUGUGGCCAAGGCCGUGGCCAGCCUGGAAGAAGCAACGAAGAAUGCAGGCCUGUGGGAAUCCUUGAGCACAGGCGAGGCCCCGCAUGAUGCUGAGCCCCGCAGCCAACCGCCGCCCGUCACUAGUACCGCUCAUGUACGUGCUCAAUUUCUCCAGGUCUUGAAGGAGGAUGGGGGCAUUGGCAUGGCGAAGUUCGUCACUGAGGCGGUGCUGGACCCAGUGAAAGGCAACCUGAAUGCUUGGAUCCAAAAGUACAUGGACAGCGAGCGCUUGCGGAAGCACAGCGACCUCCAGACGCUGCAGCUCAUCCUGCGCCGGCAGCAGAAGAGCGGCACCAAGGCCAAUGACAAAGCUGGCUCCCGACUGGAGAAGUCUGCAGGAGCCGACCAGCGGCCGGGCAAAAGGAGAAGCCAAGCAUCCUGA